GGAGAGACUCUGCGGUAGACAUGGCGGCGCGCAGUUAGCUCUCUAAAGAAGAUAUGGAAAAAUAUAACGUUAAAUAACUGCUGUAACUGCUAUAACAGCUAUAAAUGCUACAACCCUGAACACUUUCCAGAGCAGCGGACCGGCGGGAGCGGAGGAACUCGCCUGAAUUUGCUGAUGUUUGUUUUUGGAAGGAGGAACAGCAUGAGGUUCACUCACACCAUCUCUACUUUUGCAUAUGAGGACAAUUAAAUGACAGUUUGAUGUUACCAGUACGAAGACUGCUCGCCCAGCCUCGUUUUCCGUCCUUUAGCCCUGCUCGGUCUUCCAGUAACAGCUCCCACAAAAGAUAUGACGUUAUCGUGGUGGGCGGCGGACAUGCCGGCACAGAGGCAGCCGCUGCUGCAACCAGGAUCGGGGCCGAGACGCUGCUUAUCACACAGAAAAUCCAAACAAUCGGGGCAUUGUCAUGCAACCCAUCAAUGGGAGGAAUUGGGAAAGGGCAUCUAGUAAAGGAGGUGGAUGCUCUAGAUGGCCUGAUGGGACGGGCUGGCGACUAUGCCGGGGUUCACUUCAGCAUCCUCAACCGUCGGAAGGGGCCAGCUGUGUGGGGCCCUAGAGCGCAGCUUGACCGCAGCCGCUACAAAGAAUUCAUCCAGUCAGAGUUGUUGAACAUGCCGAGAUUGACUGUGAUCGAGGGAUCAGUGGAGGGUCUGCUUGUGUCCGCAGCUGAUCCAGAACAGCCAGGAAAGCACAGAGUGACCGGAGUAAGAAUGGCUGAUGGUGGUGACAAAAUUCUCUGCAGUUCUGUUGUUCUCACCACCGGCACGUUCCUCUCCGGCUCUCUCUUCAUGGGACGUACCACUUCUCCCGGAGGCAGGAUGGGUGAGGCUCCUUCCUGUGCUGGGCUAUCCCACAGUCUGAAAGAGGUGCUGGGGUUAAAGCUGGGCCGCCUGAAGACCGGCACGCCCCCUAGGAUCAUCAGAGAGACGGUCAACUUCUCCCUCACACAGCUUCAGCUGCCUGACCCGCAGCCAACUCCAUUCAGCUUCAUCAAUACGCACACACACUGCAAGCCUGAGGAGCAAAUCCCAUGUCAUCUGACAGUGACCACGCCUGGGGUAGACCGAGUGGUCAGAGAAAGUCUACCCGUGAACUCACACGUACAGCAGGACACAAAAGGACCAAGGUACUGUCCCUCCAUUGAGUCGAGGGUGCUGCGCUUUCCGGGCCGACAGCACCAGGUGUGGCUGGAGCCGGAGGGUUUGAACUCUGACCUUAUUUACCCUCAAGGUUUAUCCAUGACCAUGCCCCCAGAGAUGCAGCUCCGUCUCAUCCGAGAGAUCCCUGCUCUGUCUCAGGCAGAGAUCCACACACCAGGUUAUGGGGUGCAGUAUGACUUUGUCUGCCCAACACAGCUCUUUCCCUGGCUGCAGCUGAAAAGCGUUCAGGGGCUCUUUCUUGCUGGGCAAAUCAAUGGGACCACAGGUUAUGAGGAGGCAGCAGCACAGGGCCUGUGGGCGGGUGUGAACGCCGGCAGGACCGCCCUCUCUCUGCCCCCUCUAUCUCUCUCACGAACUGAGAGCUAUAUCGGUGUCCUAAUUGAUGACCUGGUGGUGCAUGGGGUCACAGAGCCAUACCGCAUGUUCACCAGCCGAGCUGAAUUCAGAACCUCCCUCAGACCAGACAACGCUGACCUUCGCCUGACCCCCAAAGGACGUGAGGAGAUUGGCUGUGUGUCCCAGCACCGGUACCAGGAGGCUGUUCGAGUGCAGCAGGGCCUGACUGAGGCUCUCUCCACCCUGAACUCCAUCAGCCUGUCACCCCCUUGCUGGAGAGAGAAGCUGAGCGAUGUCGGCAUCAGUGAGAACAAAAGCACUCUAAUCAGUGGAGAGGAGAUGCUGCUGUAUACAGACGUCUCCUUCAGCAUGCUGGCCUCUACUUUCCCAGACCUCCUGUCACCGUAUCUGGAAUUUGCUGAGAGAAUAAAAAUUGAAGCUGUGUACCGACCUCACUGUGAGAAGCAGCAGAGGGAGAUGGAGAGAAUGCGAGAGGAGGAGAGUCUUUCUUUGCCUCCAGAUUUCGACUACUUCUCUCAGCAAGUGUCUCUCUCUAAUGAGGUGCGAGAGAUACUUGACAGAGCUCGGCCGAGCACGCUGGGAGCGGCCAUGCGACUGAAAGGCGUCACUCCGGCAGCCACUGUCCAUUUGCUGAACUACGUCACAAAAACAGACCGCAAGACCAGAGGGAAAUGAUGGUUUAUGGGCAAAGACUCCUGAUUGGACAGGUCGGCCUCAGUCUCGCCAACACGUGGAACGGUUCAGUCCACAUCAAGAGGACGGAGUUGUGCUUCAGAAUUGAAGCAUGAAGCAAUGUUCUGAGACUGUUACUAUAAUAAAGGAAAGACUUCACACUGAUUGUAAUAUUAUGUAAAAUUAUGUAUUUUGCUAAAUAAAUUAUUACAAAAAAUCUG